AACAAAGUUAGCAUUGCAAAAGGAUCUUCAAAAAAUACCACCGAGACAUCUGGGACUGGUGUUCUCCCCCCACCCUCCCUCCUGUCCCACCUACCCACCUUGAACUUGGUGUAACGUGUCCACCGGCCACCCAGCCUUUAGGCUUAGUGUCCUCUUGAAGACGCAGAGAAGAAGAUGCACUUUGCUUGCUUCUUGGUGCUGUUUUGGGCUUCCGAAAUAUGGAGCUUUGACUUCAUCGUUGAAGAAAAGGCAGAGGAUCUGGAUGAGUUGUUUGACUGGGAGGUGGAUGGACUUGCUUCCAGAUCUGCUCUGCGGAAUGGCAGGCGUCAGAGAAGCACAACCAACCACGAGGACUCGGGAGAAUUGGUUGCUGGUGAUGACAACAUAGUCCUCCAUAGCUACAAGGUCCAGUCCGUCAUCACGUCUCGUCUCGCCAACACGAUGGUCCAGACCAAAGUGGAAAACAGAGCCAGGCAUCCUCAGAACCUGGUCUUUGAUGUCCAGGUACCCAAAGGAGCUUUCAUUCACAACUUUACCAUGAACGUCAAUGGCAUCACCUUCACAAGUUCAAUUAAGGAGAAAUCUGCAGCCAGAAGUCAAUAUGCGCAAGCCCGUGCCAAAGGCAAAGCAGCCGGAAUACUGAGGUACGUGAAUCAAAUCAUAUAUAAUCCCUUCUCCCUUCAGCCCUGCAGAAAGAUCUAUAUGUAG